CUCCUGUCCUGAGUCUCCGCCACUCUCAUCGUCUCCCUCUCUCUUCUCCACUCUCUCUCUCUUCCCUCUUCUGGAGAAGGCUCCAUUUUGCUGAGAGUCUCUUUCGAUCUUUGAAAUUUGAUCAGAGCUUUUCAGGGAGCAUUUGAAAAGCCCGUAAGGGAAGUAACUUCGAUCGAGGAGCAAGUAGCAAUGGGUGAUGCUCUUGUUGAUCUUGAGCAAGUUCUCGUCUCCAAGCAGGAUCUGACAAGGGCAGAAGCAAAUAUUAUGUUGGCAUGUAAGGCAAGAGCGAUCAAGGACUUUACUGUUGGUGCUUGUGUUGGUUCUGGUGUUGUAUGGGCAGCUUCUGUAGCUACAAGGAGGUUUCUAACCAGGUGGCAAAGGAUCAAUCUUACUGGAGGAGCUGCUGUUUUCUUGGGUUUGUGGAAAUUCGGCAAGUCUCUGGACUCAUCUGUUGACAAUAUUCUGGCCCUCGAGGGUAGUCGGAUGCAGAGGGAAUUAGCAAGCAUAAUAGUGAAGAAAUACCAGGACAAUCCCAGGAAGAUGCACCUGAUUUCAAAGCAUUUCUACUCGGAGGAGGUUUUUGAUGAUUCAACUCCCGAUAAGCCGAAGUUACGGUGGCGAUAUCGUAAUUUCUUCAGUGAUAAUGUCGCACAUGGUCAAAGCACCUCUGAGACUGACACCAAGAACGUGAGUGAUCAACCGUAUCACAGUAGGUCCCACUGGAAUCCUCAGAACAAGCCCCAGAUCAACUCCAGUAAUUCUCCUAAUAGUCAUGGCACUGAGGAAACAAAACUUGAAGUCAGGCGGUCUCCUAUAAAUGCUGGAGUUGAUAUGAUGGGAGACCCGCUUGUCUAUGUUUUUGGUGAGUCGACCACGAAAGAGGAGAUUCAUCUCCCGACAACCUCUGCUGCAUCCUCUAAAGCUCAAGCGAGCAGAAGCCGUAGAAGGUCUCAUAGAAGGAGACGGCGUCACCAGGAAGAUCCCUUGGACUCUUCACAUGCCUGAUCUUGCUGUGUUCUCUUUCUCUUUUCCUUGUUUUGGCCAAUUUACUGAAGCUGCCGCCUCUGGAAUUAUAAUAAUAUCGGCUUGAGAUGGCGGUAGGAGCACUGUAAUUUAGAACACCGGAUCAUGAAGACUGUGAUGUAAAGUUCCCAGUUCUAGAAUAGAACUUGGUUUUAAAGAAUUAGCAGUUGUUUUAUCAUAAUGGUAGUAUCCCGUCUUUGGAAAUUUUCCCAUGA